AUGGAUCGUAGAAACGUUGUAUUCAGUGUUGUGCAAGAUAGAUCAAAGAUACAAACAUUUACACCGACUCUAUUUAAAAUGUCAACACAACAGCAAACCGCAGAAAAAAGUGUUCAAACACAAGAUUUGUCUGGGUCAACAACAUUACUUGUUUCAAAUAAUCCUGUAACACAUAUUCAUACAGAAAAUACGGCUGCUGAAGUUGCAAAUACACUUGUUUCGAUGGCUACUGGACGACAACGAGCAACAACUGUGAAGCAACUGAAUGUAAUUAGCGUUCCAUCUCCAUCAACUUUACCAAUAUUAUCACUUGCUGACUAUACAACACCAAGAGGUGUUCCAACAGCCAUGGCUUUAGCCAAUCAAGCUAAACUCACGCCAACAAAACAUACUGAAAUAUUAGAAGGUGAUGAUGAUGAUGAUGCUUCAAUGUCAACAGAUGAAUAUAAUCAAACACAAAAUGAUUUGAAAACUCGAACGAAAACGACACGAGGAAAACUAAACAAAACAGCAUCAACAUCAAAAAAUAAUAAACAACAAACUACAGAACCAAUUCAUUAUGGUCCAAUUGUUGUCAAACCACGAAAGAGUGUUGCACCAACACUUGCUAAUGGACGAAAAAGUAAAGAUGAACCCCUUCCACCAGAUGAAGAUGCAAGACGUAAACAACGUCGUGAUAGAAAUAAACAAGCUGCUGCUAAAUGUCGACGAAAACGAAACGAACUUCGUGAACAAUUAGAAAAGGUUGAGCAAGUAUUAUUGGAUGAACAAAAAUCUCUUGAACAUGCUGUUCAGACAUUAGCUGAUCAAAAAAAUCAAUUAGAAAUUUUAUUACAUCGCCAUGUAUGUACAAAAAAGACACGUUUACCAAUAACAACAACAACACCUGUUAAUAGUUUAAAUAUUCCUAAAUCUGAUAUAAAAACAAUUUCAACAACAACUUUAUUAGAUUCAAAUAAUAAUAAUGGAAAUAGUAAACGUGUUACUAUUAAUUUUACCAAUGCACAAGAUUUACUUGCUAUUGCACCAUUAACACGGUUAACACCAACAAUUACAACAACUGAUGGUACAUCAUCAUCGUCAUCAACUGUACCUAUGAUAACCAUUCAUAUUAUUCCAGAAGUUGCACAAGCAUUACUUGGUUCAACGUCAGUUGAUAAAGCUAAAUUAGCUGAAUUACUUCAACAAGCUAAUGCAACUAAUUCAUCGUCAAUAACAAUAGCGGAUUCCGCAUCCACAAAUACCGCGACUAAUCCUAUCCCACCAACUGAUAAUGUUGAAUUUGGUCGUAAUACAAUGUGCCAUUUUUUAUCAUCAUUCUUUCGAAGUCUUACUCGAGUAACCGAUGUUCAACAAGAGAAAUUCUUCAAUUCAAUUAAUCAAAUUGUUAUUAAUACACCAAGUGUAUUCGUUACAGAUGCUGAUAAACAACAUACACUUGAAGAUAUUCGUACAACAAAUUCUUAUUAUUUUGAUGUUUAUAUAGUUUCAUUACUUGUUUGGACAUUAUCAUCAAAAAAGUUCACUUCCAUACAAGAAAAUACUAUUGGUGUACUUGCAAAUCUCUAUGGUGAAUUAUCACUUCGUUGGCCGGUUCUCUUUCGAAUAUUUACUAAUGAACUAAUCGAUACUUUAAAUGAUACUAUAAAAUAUGAUAUUGAAUUUAUCGAAGAAGAAAUUCAUCAACCAAAACAACUUCAUCGUUUUCUUGUACCUGAACAAGUUGGUUCAUCAUUUUCAACUAAUGUCACAAUUGAACGAUGUGUUAUUGAGUUUAAUUGUUCAGAUGAUAUUAGUAGUUUUCAAAUAAAUCUAAUUUCGGUGCUUAAACAUUUUGCGAGUACAUUGUCAACAUUACUUGAUCGUCAAACAAUAUCGAUUUUAAUUGGAACAUUAUGUGAAUUAAUUCGUACUGCUGAUAUACAUGUGAAAUCGACAACAUUUUCAUUUUUUUCAUCUUUUAUUGAACAUCGUUCAUUAGGAUUAUUAAUUGGUGAUUUAAAACCCUAUGUUCAUUUUUCAAUAUCCGAUAUUAUUUUAACAAUUAUGAAUUUUAUUUAUACAGAACCAAAACAUUCGGCUCAAUUGGAACAUGAUUUUGCUCAUUUUCUUAAAAUAAUUUGUCAAAAUCAUGAUGAAGCAAUCAUGCUUUUUGCUGAACAUAUUGGUUUUGUUAUACCUCGUUUAAAGGAUUUACUUAUUCAUAUUAGUAUAGCAAGUAAAGCGGAUAUUGAAUUUCAUAUGAAUACAAGACCAUUAAGACUUUUUGGUGAAGUUCAAACAGAAAUUUAUCUUGAACAAUUUUGUAUAUGGUUAGCAAUUAUAUUUGAAUGUGGUCAACGAGAUAUUGGUACUAGUUCAUUAUUAGUUAUACAUGCAUAUGAAAUAGUUGAACAUUUAUUAGCAAAUCUUGAUGAAUGUCUAUUAGCAAAAUAUUUAAAUCAUGCAUUAGGAAAAGUUAUUAUUUGGUUGAUUCAAGAAAAGAAUAGAGCUUCACAGCAACCAUUUCGUGUACGACGAAUACGAUUAUUAAAAACUAUAUGGCAACAUUUGAAAACGACAUUAGAAAAAAGUACAUUCAAUAAUGAAGAGGAUGCUUUACAACGUGUUUUUAAUGUUUAUUGUUUAAUAACUUCUGUUUGUCAAGCAUUUAUCGGAUGUCAAAUACGUCAGAUUAAAUUAGGAUCCAUUGAAGAAAAUGAAUUUUAUUUGUCUUGGUUAACUAUCGAUGAAAUUAGUUCGAUUUAUGGUUAUCUAAUUAAUACACUUGCUUAUUUUGUUAAUAGUGUUACUGUUGGAUUGUUCUCUCUUGCUUAUGAAUAUGUUUUAGCUACAAUUGUUGCGACAUCAAUUUAUAUUUCUGAUGAAUUAGAUAUUCGUUUACGUGAAGAUACUCUAUCGAUUUUAUGUCUCUCUUGGUUAUCAUCCCUUACUGACUGGUAUGAUUUUCAACCGAUAACAGAUACAUGUAAAAUAACUAAACAACUUGCUCAAACAUUUCAAUCAAAAUUCAAUCAAAACGAUCGACUAAUAUCUUUACAAUGUUUAGCAUUAUUUAAUUCACAAUUUUAUCCUAUACUUCGUCUUCAUAUUUUUUCUUUAUGUCUUAAUGAUAAUGAUAUAAACACACAAUUAAUGGCACUUAAAGUAUUGCCAUUAAUGCAAUAUAAUUUACAAACAACAUCUUUCUUAUCAAUAUUUUAUACGAAAUAUUGUUCGAAAGAUAUUGAUGAUCAACUUAAACCAAUAAUAAUAGAUAUUUGGCGUAUGCAUCGAUGUUUAUUCGAUAUUGAUGCUAAUACUGUUCGAUUGAAAAUUCAUGAUCAUUUCAAUCAAACAAUUGUCAAUUCAUUUGAACUUAUCUGUACUUCAUGUUCAUUCUUAAAUGAUCAUGUUUAUAUUCGUUCACGAUCAUCAACAACUAGCACUAACUCAACAUUAUUUUCCUUAUCAAAUAUUCUUCCAAUAUUUCAUUUAUUUAAUCAAACAUCUAGUCCAUGCAAUUAUGUUUCUCUAAUUGAAUUUUUUCAAACAUUUGAUUCUCAUCCAUCAUUUAUUCGUCCUCUUAAUGAUCUUGAUGAAAAUUUUCUUCAACUAAAAUAUCUAGUUAAUACUUAUCUCAAUCAAAAUAAUCAAGAACGUUUAUGUUUAUUAUCUAUUAUGCCAUAUUUAUUUAAAACAAUUUUCAUUUCAAAUAAUCGUCAAUGGGAAAGUUCUCUGAAUGACAAUCUUGAUCAAUUUUUAUUUGAUACAUUAACACAAUUAAAUAAUGAUGCUAUUCGACAAACAACAAAUCAUCAUGAUGAUGAUUAUAGUCGUUUAAUACAUUUAUGUGGUUUAAUAGCACGACGUACAUGUAAUGAAGAUAUAUUUGUUUUUGUUUUAUUUAUUUUAAUAAAUGGUUUAGCAACAUCAUUUCAACAUACAUCACAAAUUGAAUUAAUGAGUAUAGCUAAAGAUGAAUAUUUACAAAGUCGUAAUCAAAUUCAAUUAAAUAAAAAUAAAAAUCUUUUAACAAUAAAUGAAAAAAUUGAUUUAACAACAAUUGUACAACAACAUACAGAUAGUUUAUAUCGUCUUAUAUCACAAUCAUUAUUAUUAAAUUCUGAACAACCAUCAGAUAUAUGUUUACGCCAUUUACAUUUAUUAUUUAGUAUGAUGCAACAAAAUGGAAGUUCAUUUAAUACAUAUUUAAAACGUAUUUUACCAGAUUUAUUACCAUGGAUUGUUGAAGAACGUUCAUUAAAUGCAAGUCGAGUUGUACAACAUAUUCGAACAGCUGUUAAAAUGUCAAAGAAAAAAGUUAUAUUUGAUGCAUUUCCAGCAAUAUAUUCACAUGUAUGGAGACAUGUACGUCUUGACAAUAGUAAAAGUUCAAAUGGAGAUUAUUCAAUAAAUCGUGUUUAUGAAGUUAAUGAAUUUAUUGAACAAGAAGCUGGUGCUGAUUUAGCUGCUGUAUUUCGUUUUGGUGGUCCACCAAUAUUUAGUAAAUUAUUACUUUAUAUAAGUACACAUCCUGACCAUGUUAUGAAAGGUUUACAAAUGGCUGUUGGUAUAUUAGAUGGAAUAACAUUAACAAUUGAUAAAGACUACUCAAAUGUUGUUACAGAAGAAUGUGUUCAUAAAGCAUUACAAUCAAAAUUAUUGGGCAUUUUGUGUGAUUUUGAAACAGAAUUAUUAUCGAAUAGUACACCUUUACAUUCGAAAAAACGAGUAUUAUUAAGUUUAACAGAAGUAUUGAAAAUCAUGAAUUCAUCCCAAAUUGUUGCAACACGUGUAAAACUUCUUCGAUCACUUCGUCUAGCUCUCCAAUGUUCAUCAGAAUUAAGUCUAAUCGUAUUUAAUCUUUGGAAAGAAUUUAUUCAUCAUUUAAGUAGUAAUGUUGAUAUACUUUCAUCAAUGAUAUUACAAUUAAUUGCAUCAUUAUUACCAUAUCAUGAAAUAAAUAGUGAACAUUUUCAAGAAUUAAUUCUUCUUAUGUUAAAUAAUAUUUCAAAUAAUCAAAUAGCUUUACUAACAGAUGAUUUAUUACUUAUUCCACAAAUAAAUCAAAUUGAAAAGAUUCAAAUAAAAUUAAAUAAGUGUAAAAAACAAUAUACAGAAAUGCAUGAUAAUCAAUCAAAACUAAACAAUGAUGAACGUACAUUAUUAGAAAAUAAAUUUCAACGUCUGAUAACACUUUUAAAUUUUGAUAUGAUGGAUAUACGUUUACAUGCUUUAAAUAGUUUAGAAAAUUUAUUAAAAACAAAUCGUCCAUAUUUAUUACAAAUGUGUUUAUCACGUGAUACAGUUUCAUCAAUAAUAACUCGUCUUAUAUUAACAUUACUUGAACGUUCAAAUGAUACAAAUCAAAACAUACGUUUUAUUGCUAUAAAUUGUCUUGGUGAAAUAGGUGCUAUUGAUCCUGGACGAAUAGAAUUUCGUAAAUUAUAUUCAACAAUAGCAACUUCAACAUCAUUAAUUAAUCGUUUAUUAUCAAAUUCAAAUCCUGAAAUUAAUAAUGAUAAUUUAAAACGUUGUUAUUUUAAUUUAUAUUCACAAGAAUUUGCAUUAGAAUUAUUUGCUGAAUUAACACGAGCUUUUCUUGCUGCUGAUCAAGUACGACAACAAGAUACAAUAUCAUAUGCAAUACAAGAAUGUUUAAAAUUUUAUAAUUUAAAUUUAUCAGAUGAUAAUGAAAAAAUUAAAAUUAAUCAACAAUUAUGGACAAAAUUAAAUCAAGAACAACAAGAUUUAUUUAAACCUUUACGUACAUCGAAAUAUGUUUUAACUGAUGAAACAAAUUUAAAAACAAAUAAAUCACAAGAUGCAAUUUUAAAACAAUUAACCAUAAAAACAUAUGAACAAUGGUUAACACAACUUGUACCUUAUUUAAUUCAACAUUUACCAAAUAAUAAUUAUUAUCAUUUAUUUCAUUCUUGUUUAUUUGCUGUUAGAUUUAAUAGUUCUAUUGGUUCAUUUUUGUUACCAUAUAUAAUUCUUCAUUUAAUUGGUGAAAAUCUUGGUCAAGAUGUACUAGAUAAAGAAGUUAAAGCAUUAAUUUCUUACACAAAUCAAUAUGAUGCCAACGAAAUAAAUCCAUCUUCUGAUGUUCUUCAUCAAAUUGGUCAAAUUAUAUUUACUUUAAUCGAUUUUCUUCUUUUAUUUUCUUCCUUAAACACAAUCGAUCCAAAUGAACAAGCCAAACAAAUAAAUCAACGUAAACGUCAGCCACCACAACCGCAACCACAACAACAGCAGACAAAUCAAGAUCCAUUAAAUAUUCAAGAUGGUACAUGGAAUAAUUUAGGUAUAACACGCAUACGCGAUUAUAUUCGUUUAUUACAUACUGAUCUUUCUCUUGCUCCUAUUGCAUUUAAAUAUGAUCAUUAUACACGUGCAUAUCGUCAUUUUGAAAUGUAUUCAUCGAUUGAACAACAAAUAGAUGUUUCUCAUAAUAGUGAAUUUCUUUUAAAAUUAUUUCAUCGUUUAAAUGAUCCAGAUUCAGCUUAUGGUAUUAUUGCUAGACGUAAUAUGACACCAAAACAAUUAGAUAAUCCUCGAACAGAUAUUUAUGAAGAAAUUCUAUCUUAUGAAUUAACUGGACAAAUUGAUGAAGCUAUUGUUGCAUAUGAAAAUGUUUUAGAAAUGAAUGAAUUAAAUCAAACAAAUAUACAUUUAUAUUUAGGUUAUUUAAAUAAUUUAUUAACUCAACAACAAUUUCAACAUACAAUUGAUCAAUCAACUGGUAUUAUUGUUCAAUAUCCAACAUGGAUUAAUAUGUUAAAUCCAUUACGUAUUGAAGCUGCAUGGAAAUUAUCAAAAUGGAAUUUAUUAGAAAAAUUUUGUUCAUAUCAAGAUGAAAAUUUAUAUAUAAAUCAUAAUGAACAAAUAAAUGAAAGUUCAAAAAUGAAUAUUUUACAGGAUUUACAUGUUUCAAAACAAUUUGAAGAAUAUGUUGGAAAAAUUUUAUGUCAAGCUAAAAAACAAAAUCGUGAACAAUUCUAUACAGAAUUUCGUUUAGCAUUAAAUUCUUUAAUGGGUCCUAUAUCAGCAGCUAGUAUGGAAGUUGGAUCAUAUCAACGUGCAUAUGAUUAUUUAGCUAAAUUACAUUUACUUAAAGAUCUUGAAUAUUAUGUUUUAAAAAAUAUAUUUCAUGAUGAUCAUUCUAUUAUGAUUAUUGAUAAUGAUAAUAUUGAUGAUAUAUGGUCACAACGACAUGCAUUAUUACCACCAAAUAGUAAAUAUAUUGAACCAUCAUUAGCAUUAAGACGAACACUUUUAUUAUUGGAUGAUAUUAAUCAUACGAAACAACAUGCAUUAGAAAUUGGUGAAUGUUGGUUACAUAGUGCACGUAUAGCACGUGCACAAAAUAAUUCUUUAGCAGCUAUUGGAUCAUUAAUGAAAGCUAAUCAAUCACAUCCAAUUGAAGUAGCCAUUGAACGUGCACAAUGGAUGUGGGAUAAAGGAGAAAAAGAUCGAGCUAUUAUGAGUUUAAAACAAAAGAAAAUUGAAUUAUUAGAUUCAAGAACAAUCAAUGAAGGAAAUCAUAAUGAAAAUAGAUUACAAGGUUUGAUUUUCAUAUUUAAUUAA